UCCAGCAUGGGGGCUCCAGAAAUAAGAAUGUCUAAGCCCCUGGAGGCCGAGAAGCAAGGUCUGGACUCCCCGUCAGAGCACACAGACACUGAAAGAAAUGGACCAGACACUAACCACCAGAACCCCCAGAAUAAGAGCUCCCCAUUCUCCGUGUCCCCAACUGGCCCCAGCACCAAGAUCAAGGCUGAAGACCCCAGUGGUGACUCAGCCCCAGCAGCACCCCCGCCCCCCCAGCCGGCUCAGCCACAUCUGCCCCAGGCCCAGCUCAUGCUGACGGGCAGCCAGCUUGCUGGGGACAUACAGCAGCUCCUCCAGCUCCAGCAGUUGGUCCUUGUGCCGGGUCAUCACCUUCAGCCACCUGCUCAGUUCCUGCUGCCGCAGGCCCAGCAGAGUCAGCCAGGCCUGCUACCGACGCCAAAUCUAUUCCAGCUACCUCAGCAAACCCAGGGAGCUCUUCUGACCUCCCAGCCGCGGGCGGGGCUGCCCACACAGGCCGUGACCCGCCCCACGCUGCCCGACCCGCACCUCUCGCACCCGCAGCCCCCCAAAUGCUUGGAGCCACCAUCCCACCCCGAGGAGCCCAGUGACCUGGAGGAGCUGGAGCAGUUUGCCCGCACCUUCAAGCAACGCCGCAUCAAGCUGGGCUUCACGCAGGGUGACGUGGGCCUGGCUAUGGGCAAGCUCUAUGGCAACGACUUCAGCCAGACGACUAUCUCCCGCUUCGAGGCCCUCAACCUGAGCUUCAAGAACAUGUGCAAACUCAAGCCCCUCCUAGAGAAGUGGCUCAACGACGCAGAGACUAUGUCUGUGGACUCCAGCCUGCCUAGCCCCAACCAGCUGAGCAGCCCCAGCCUGGGUUUCGAUGGGCUCCCUGGCCGGAGACGCAAGAAGAGGACCAGCAUUGAGACAAACGUCCGCUUCGCCUUAGAGAAGAGUUUUCUAGCGAACCAGAAGCCUACCUCAGAGGAGAUCCUGCUGAUCGCAGAGCAGCUGCACAUGGAGAAGGAAGUGAUCCGCGUCUGGUUCUGCAACCGGCGCCAGAAGGAGAAACGCAUCAACCCCUGCAGCGCGGCCCCCAUGCUGCCCAGCCCGGGGAAGCCAGCCAGCUACAGCCCCCAUCUGGUCACACCCCAAGGGGGUGCCGGGACCUUGCCGAUGUCCCAAGCUUCCAGCAGUCUGAGCACAACAGUUACUACCUUAUCCUCAGCUGUGGGGACGCUCCACCCCAGCCGGACAGCCGGAGGGGGUGGGGGCGGGGGCGGGGCCGCGCCCCCCCUCAAUUCCAUUCCUUCUGUCACUCCCCCACCCCCGGCCACCACCAACAGCACAAAUCCCAGCCCUCAAGGCAGCCACUCGGCUAUCGGCUUGUCGGGCCUGAACCCCAGCGCGGGCCCUGGCCUCUGGUGGAACCCUGCCCCUUACCAGCCUUGACGGCAGCGGGAACCUGGUGCUGGGGGCAGCCGGUGCGGCCCCGGGGAGCCCCGGCCUGGUGACCUCGCCGCUCUUCUUGAACCACGCGGGGCUGCCCCUGCUCAGCGCCCCGCCCGGCGUGGGCCUGGUCUCGGCAGCGGCUGCGGCCGUGGCAGCCUCCAUCUCCAGCAAGUCUCCUGGCCUCUCCUCCUCCUCCUCCUCCUCCUCUUCCUCGUCCUCCACUUGCAGUGAGGCCGCAGCACAGACCCCUGGAGGCCCGGGGGGGCCGGAGGCAGGGUCCAAGCCCGAGUGAGGGCCCGCCAGGCCUCCCCUCCUACUCCCCUGACCUCCACUUUGGUCCCCGCCUAGAAGAGGGCGAGGAGGCCAGCAGUGGGGACGUAGAAGGUCCUUGGAGCAGGAGUGACAAAGGAGGAAAGACCAAAAACAUCAAACAACCAAAAAAAAAAAGAAAGAAAGAGAGAAA